UACAUGUACAUGUACUAAAUUAGCUACUAGUACGGGCGCGUACUAGAGCAUGUUUUAGGCCUAAAGUGUGUUCAGUUCUGUGUCCUUGCUCUGGCCCAGAGUCUGGGUGUUCUAGUUUCAUCAGGAACAGCAUUGUGACAACUUCUACAGCAUCCAUGAAACAAGAAUGGAAUCCAGAAAAUCAACGCACAGUAGUCAUCAUGAUCGUUCCCAUGAUAGACGCAGGCACAAACACAGUGAGCGUGAACGACAAGAUGAAAGACGCGACAAUGUGAAAAAGACUUCAGAUUGUAGCCAUAAAAGCAGACAUUCGAGGAGCCACAAAGGGGACAGGAGUAGUGACCCCAGACAUAGAACCGAGAAGUACCAUGACCAGAGUAGGGUGUACCAACAUUCGAAUGAUGACGGGGAACGAGAAUCAUACUCCCACUCAGAAUCAUACUCCUACUCAAGCUCCACGUAUCGUAGCAGGGACCCAACUAGGCCUUCAUCAAGGAGAGAAGAUGAAACAAGAACUGAGACAGGACGGCGAUCAAAAGAUGGCAGAAAAAGGACGUCCAAAGCCUGGAGUUACUUUGGCUACACUGCAGACGACAUUCCUUUGCCAGACGAACAUGACAAAUCAAGCAGGAACGUUGAGCCUUCUGGCAAAAACACUGACACAAUCACAGACCGAAACACAGGGGGACUAUCGGCUAGAGCUCAUCAAGACCGUGGAUACAGAUCUUUGGGGAUGCAGGGCUCAAGAGCUGAAUCUGACAGGUGUCCUGAUGAAAAGGCUGAAACUGCUAGGGACAGUGAUGGUAUAUUUGACUGGAAGAGGCACAGACGAGAGCUGGAUGCAAUAUUUUUUAGGGACGACAGUAUUAUCCAAAGGAAAUCGGAAGAUUAUCAGGAUUUCUGGAAGUUUCUUGAGCGCUACCAAGCUUUUCAAUUCAAACAGAGUGCCCGACAGCCCCACCAAGACAAGAGUGACGCGGAUGACAAAGACGGCUCUGCCAAAUCUGCAGUUUUGGGACUGCCGCUGAAAUAUGACAAGAGACACCGCAUCAAUAUGGCACUAGACCUCAGGGGAGUAGAAGAGGCCGAGAGAAGAUUGGAAUGGUUGACCAGCAGUCAAGAUGAUGAAGAUGAGCUGUCCACAGCACGAAUCAAGGAAUUCAGCAAAGUCUUGCUCUAUUACAUGGACUUCUGUCAGAAGCAACAGUUUGCCAAGUUGGCCAAGCUGCUCCGUGAUCGAGCCAACCUACCCAUAGCUCGCUACCAGGACAUGAUCGUAGAGGCAACCAGAGCAAACCAGGUCGUCAUUGUGGCUGGAGACACUGGCUGUGGGAAAUCCACCCAGGUACCGCAGUACUUGAUGAAAGCGGGCUUCAAGGGCAUAGCCUGCACCCAGCCUCGCCGCAUAGCUUGCAUAUCCCUCUCCAAGCGGGUUGGCUAUGAAACCCUGCAUGAAUAUGGCAUGGAGGUAGGGUACCAGAUCCGGUUUGAGGCCAGUAAGAGUGCGGCUACCAAGAUUCUGUUCCUGACUGAAGGGCUACUACUGCGGCAGCUGAGUUUGGACCCCACUCUCCAGCAGUACAACGUCAUCAUCUUGGAUGAGGUCCAUGAACGUCAUCUCCAUGGCGACUUCCUCCUGGGGGUACUCCGUUGCCUCCUGGAGCAGAGACAGGACCUCAAGCUGGUGCUUAUGUCGGCCACCAUCAACAUUGGACUCUUCUCUGGCUACUUUGACAAGGCACCAGUUAUUCAAGUCCCCGGUCGACUAUUUCCUAUCAAACUUGAAUAUGCCCCAAUAAGUAUAGAGGAGCAAAGUUCAAAAUCAGAAAAACUGGAUCCCCGUCCCUACCUGCGCAUCAUGCAGCAGAUUGACAUGAAGUACCCAGCCACAGAGAGAGGGGACCUGCUGAUAUUCCUGAGCGGCAUGUCCGAGAUUUCCAGUGUAGUGGAAGCAGCUAAACUCUAUGCUGCAACGACGCAAACGUGGAUUGUGCUGGCGCUGCACAGUACAUUGUCCAUCGCUGAACAGGACAAAGUGUUUGACGUAGCUCCAGAAGGUGUCAGGAAAUGUAUCGUGUCCACAAAUAUUGCAGAGACUUCGGUGACAAUUGAUGGGAUUCGGUUCAUUGUUGACUCUGGCAAAGUCAAGGAGAUGAGCUACAAUGCAGAGGCCAAGAUGCAACAAUUACAAGAGUUUUGGAUCAGCAGGGCCAGUGCUGAACAACGUAAAGGAAGAGCAGGGCGUACUGGGCCGGGCGUCUGCUUCCGUCUCUAUGAGGAAUCACGGUACAGUGAUUUCCAGGAGUACUCCACCCCAGAGAUACACAGGGUUCCACUGGACUCGCUGAUCCUACAGAUGAUGGCACUGGGACUCCACGAUCCUAGGAAGUUUCCAUUCAUUGAACCACCUCCUGCUACAAGCAUCGAGAGCUCCAUCCUGUUCCUCAAGGAGCAGAGAGCUUUAAGCAAGGAGGAAAGGCUGACUCCCAUUGGUCGACUCCUGGCUGAUCUGCCGGUUGAUGUUGUCAUCGGCAAGAUGCUCAUCAUGGCCACCAUUUUCAAGAUGAUUGAGCCAGUGUUGUGUAUAGCAGCCGCUCUCAGCGUUCAGUCGCCGUUCACCAGCAGGGCACACAGAUCUGAAGCAAUGACAGCGCGGUGCCCUCUGGAGUCUGAUCACGGUGAUCCAUUCACGUUGCUGAACGCUUUUGACGAGUGGAUUCAGGUCAAGGCCAAGGGUUUACCAGCUCUCAAGUGGUGUAAAAGGCGAGGUCUGGAGGAACAACGCUUCUAUGAAAUGUCCAAGCUCAAACGACAGUUUGAGGACCUUCUCAGGGACCACAAUCUUGUUGAGAGAUUGAGCGACCCAUCAGAGAGAAAGUUCAGCAGUGCCGAAAGAUACCAAAGGAAUUUGGAGAAAAAGAAGUUGAGGGAGCUCAAGAGAAAAGAGCACAGUGGGCCCAAGAAACGUAAACUUCUUCGUUUGGGCCAAGAGAACUUUGAUGAGAGUGGCGACGAUGAGGAUGAGCCAGGAAGUGACCUCAAAAGCCUAGAGUUCAAACUGACCCAUGACCUCAACCGCCUGCAGACCGCAGCUAGCCUGAACCGUAGCUUCACACUGCGAGAGCUGAAUCUCUUGAAGGUGAUUCUCUGCAGUGGACUCUACCCACAGCUGGCUAUUGCUGAUGAUUGUAACACCUAUCGGCGAGAGUGUGACCAAGUAUUCCAUACCAAAGCCAAACCGUUUGUGCUGCUCCAUCCUACUGGAGUGUUUGCCAACAAUCCAUCCAUCCUUGAGCCCCCAGAGGAGAAGGAUGAAGCGGGCAAUGCUUGUUCCAGGGGGGUGAGGAGCAGCAGACAUCAACUGAUUGCUUACGUAUCUCUGCUUGAGACAAAUAAGCCAUAUCUUGUCAAUACCAUGAGGGUACCAGCUCUUCAAACGAUGCUACUCUAUGCAAACUGUCUGGAUACCAACCAAGCAUGUACAAGAAUUGUAGUUGAUGAGUGGAUUGAGUUGACCAUUGCUGACGUGGACACUGCUGAGCAUGUGAUGUCAGCGGUGAUUCAGCUGAGGGCAGCCUGGCUCCAACUGCUGGAAAUGAGACUACAAGAUACUAAGCUGUCUCAUCCGGAUGAAUCCACCAGCGUCAGUAAUCUAAGAGUCCUUCAUCAGGAGAGACUGUUGUCAAGCAAGCUGGCCGAGUUCCUAGAUUGCCACGUGGAGUACACCAUGCGUAAGCUGGGCUCCACCGAGCUUCAGAACCUGUACCUCGGACCACACAGAGGACAAGGAAGUGAAGGAAACAAAGAUGAUUUCUUCACAUCUCAGAGCCGAGAUGGUAAAAUCCAUCCAACAAAAGGAGGGACUCAGGUCAAUGAUUACCUGACCUUUGGCUGUUUGUACAACGUCGCCAGCGAUCCUCUGGGUGAAUUCAGCUCGGUAAUCCGCCGUCAUUGGACUUGCCCCCACUGUACCCAGACCUUGAUCAUCACCACCCUGGAGAAACUUCAACACGAGGCGGAAUGUCUGCAACUCUCUCAAGCUGCCGCUGUUAAAAAAGAUGUGCAGAUUGUUGCAGAGAACGCAAGUGACCAUGGCAACAGCAGCGACAUGGCAACACUCAGGAGGCAAUACCAGUGUCCCAUCUGUAACGAGGAGUUCUCCUUCACCUCCUCUGAGAUCCUCAAACACAAGAGGAUGCAUGCCAAGGAGACGUCAAGAGAAUGAGAUGAACAUUCCAAGGCAUGUCCUUGUUGAAAAGUGGGUCACCUAUCUGUAUUGGUGUAGUGUUUGCACCCCAGGAAAAAUGGACUCUGUUGCCAUAGUGUGCGUGUCUAAUUUCACAAAGUAUAACAUGGCUGAGGAUCAAAUGUCAUACAGGUCAAAAUUUCAUAGAACACCAAACAGUGCAUGUACAUUAAAUAUUUUUCGCCUCUCAAAUUUUUCUGGUGGUGAGGAUACCUCUUGAAUUAGCUCAGCAAUAUGCAAAGCUGAUGUGUGCUCAACAGAGCCACUGAUAACCCCCUCAUAAAUUGUCUGAGCCCAGAUAAGGUUCUUUUUGAGCAACGGUUUGGUUACCAACCAAAAACUCAUGUGAAUUACAUUGCUUGUGAAUGGUACUCAGUUUACUAACGCAACCAAAUUUGACUAUUUUCUGAAGUUAGCACUACUCUGAAUUUGUUCCUCAUUCUUUGCUUAUUAAAAUAUAUGUUUUUGUGUUGAAAUUUCAAUACAGAUUGAGAAUUUAAAAAAUAGUCUGUUUUAAUUGUAUUUUGUGUAAAAUUGAGACUUCUGUGGGUAGACACUGGAUGUACCUCAAUGUCCCAAAAAAAAAAAAAAAGUGACUUUUUCACAGGCUUGUUAUUAACCACUUCACGCCGGGGCAGACUUUACUUUUC